AAGGUUAAAAAUUAUGUUAGAUUUUAGAAAUGUAUAUAUAACUAUAUUAUCUCAAAGCCUUGGAUUUUUAACUGACAAGGAAUACUUCUUGGUGUAUAAAUUAUUGUAUGCCAUAUACUCAAUCAAGUUAAAAUCUUUAUUAUUGCAACUUCAGUUUCAGCUCCACAUUUGGAUGAAAUACUGCACCCACAAGAUCGUGUUUUACGUGGAAGAAGAAGACAAGCACGAUCCGUUUUUGAUGGUUUUCGGGAUUUUCAAGCAGAAGCACGUCAACAGGAGGAAAUGAUGCGGCCGGGUAACAGUUCCUCCUUUAAGAAGAGAACGCUGGAGGACCUAUUCAGACCCCCCAUUGAUAUCACAUUCAAAGGGUCGUUCUCUGCCGCUCGGGAAGCUGGACAAACUUUAAACAAAUACGUGAUGGUGAAUGUACAGAAUGUUAAGGAGUUUGUAUGCCAGGCCCUCAAUCGUGAUGUCUGGAGUCACGAAAGGGUCAAAGCCAUCCUCAAAGACCACUUUGUGUUCUGGCAGGUGUAUCAUGACAGUGAAGAAGGCGUGAAAUUUAAACAGUUUUACAAAGUUGAAGAGUACCCGUAUGUUGCGAUUAUUGACCCCAGAACAGGAGAAAAUAUUGUGACAUGGAACAAAGGUCUUGAUUCUUUAAUAUUCUGUGAUCUAGUUACACAUUUUCUGGCGGAACAUCCAUAUUCAGAUGAUUCAUUCAGCUCAUCGCCACCACCUGCCAAGAGGAUCAAGCGGGAAGCCAGUGUUGUGGACUUAAGUGAAGAUGACCAGAUAGAGGCAGCCAUUAAAGCCUCACUUCAAGAACCCAGUAAGACCGUUACCUACAUUUCUGAUAGUGAUGAUGACAGUGAAGAUGAUGACAACAUUGAAACGUUUUCAGACACAGAGGACGAUUCUCAGUCUUCUCCUGUGAAGAACAAUAUAAUGUCUAAAACGGACACUCAGUGUGAAAGGGAUAAAAACAAUGAUGAAGCCCCUUGUUCAUCUAAAAUGAAAACGUUAGGAAGUGAAAAAGAAUGUAAUAAUUGUGAAACAAACAAUAUGGAAAAUGGUGUUACACACUCUAGUUCAAUUUUAAGUGAUGAUAGUUAUAAAAACUACCUCGGAAAGGAAACAGAUCCUCAAUACUCCAUCAUGAUCAGAUUUCCAGAUGGCAAAAGGCAGCAACUGUCCAUGUCUUCUAAAUCAAAACUUAUGGCACUUGUAAAGUUCGUAGCAGAACAAGGCUACUCUAACGAACGUUUUGAAUUGCUCACAAACUUUCCCAGGAAAAAGCUGUCCUACAUGGACUUUGAUCUCACCAUUCAGGAAGCUGGACUUAAUCCUCAGGAAUCGGUUUUUGUUCAGGCCAGGUGAAAACAAAAUGGAUGCAACAAUACAGAGAAAUAAUUCAGGAAAUAACUGACCGUGAACGGUCUUGCUGGGGUAAUGUGUAUUCCAGAGUAAGGUAAUUCGUUUCUGAUAUUCAGGGAAUUCUUAGUCACACAUGAUUGGAACUUAGUUUUUUUUUCGAGGAAAGUGGUUUAAAUGUGAGAAAAGUCAAUUUUUCUUGAUAGUGUCCGAAUUUGCGACUUUACAGUCACAUUUACAUGUAUGUGGCUGGUGUAUGUCGUUGAAAAUUGUAACCAUUCACCAAAACGUCGAGGAUUAAUGAAUUAAACUACAACACAAAAACGACUAUGAUCGUAAGUGAUGGUUUGUAUGUGUACAUGUAAUAAAAGUGAACCGCUUAAGACUGAACGAGAGAAAUAUUCCAAGUUUUGCUCAACAAACCACUACAACCUCAGGAUGUUACAGUUUUUGAAGGUCUAGUGUAUCAUAUCACGUCUGUUAAUUCCUCUAUUUUUGCAAUACUUGCAUAUGAUACAGAUAUCUCCAAGUUUGCUGUCGAAGU